CUAAUCAGCUAAUUACCCCGGCCCGAGGAGAUGCUCUGGUCCGUGCACGCUGAUCACAAGGAGGUUUAUGCAGAGAGGGAGCUAGUUAUGCAGAGUUGUGCAUCAUCACUAAUACUGCUUAUUACCUCAGGCUGCUAUGGAUUAACGCUACUACAUCACGCCUCACUGGAUCACAUCCAUGCGCAACGGUAAUAGCAGUACUACUUCUCUCCAGCCGCUUGCGAAUCUCGACCAUCAUGUCCACCGCUGUCUGGCCUCCAAUACCUCCAGACCAAUUGCUACAAGAAGAAGCUGCCUCGCAGACAAGAGAACUAGAAUGGCUUCUUGGGGAGUUACAAGAGACUCUACAGGCCCUCAAAGCUGGCCUAGAAGAGUGUGCGGCCCUACUGGCGCCUAGCGAAUUUGGAGCAACGCUGGUGCUGUCAACUGUAAAGUCAGAAACCCUGAAAGGCUUCAUCACACGGGAGGGGACACGAAUCGUUAAAGGCGAUGUCAAACUUCGUGUACCGUCGCUCCCUCCACCGCGUGGCUCCGCGACAUACGAUCUCACCAUUUCGACUCUACCAUCUUCUCCUACUCUUACUGUCCCUCAGCUUGUCAGCGCUCGCACGCUCAUAAACACUUGUCUAGACAUAAUAGAUGUGAGCACUUGGACCGGCGACGCCAUGAAUGCCAACUUCAUCUCCGGCCAGCUGCGGCUACUGCAUGACAAUCUCCAGGAAGCUCGUCACAAUCUGAAAGGCUCCCCAGACGUUAUCCCUGAGUGGAAUGAGACCAGUGUCUUACCGAAUAUCUUUACACCGCCUCUGCCAGCAAACGUUGCCUUUCAUUUGUACGUCUCUGAUGCUGCGAUCCUUGUUGAAAUACGAACUCUGGAACCUGCUCCGGAGGAGCCACAGUCUGGAUUCAGUCUCCGAGGCACACUGGCUGCUGCCCUGGGCUCUAGCCGUGUACCUCUACAUGAUGAGGUACAUCGGACAUUCGAGUACAGGCAUCAGAAGGUUUGCGUGAAAGAGAAAGUAAGAGUAGAAAGCCAAGAUCCCAGUCUGAUCAGUGCCAUGGCCAAACUCAGCGCGCUCGAACAUACUGUGUCACGAGGCCGAUUAGCAUUGUCAAUCGUAAUGGACGAUGUUGAUUGAGGUGCUCAUCUUCGCAACAAUGAGAUUCGAGAGCCCAUGGUGUGGCUUUCGGCUUACACAGUACCUUGCGUGAUCUUCUCGGACACUAAGCAUCUUUCACGAUCGAUGUGACGUCAACCCGCGGCGUCUCGGUUGAAAGGCCAUGGGAAGUCAAUGCUCGGGUCAGAUUGCCUCUCUUACUGGCGUUGUCCCAGCUUCAAUUCCCUCAAGGCACAUGGGUGUAUCACGUGCGUUCUCCGUG